AUGUACAUGUACUUUGAAGCAGAUGACACUCUUGAUAAGAGUAUGGCUGACCUUGUGAGUGAAUACCUCCCCAGUACUCAAGGAUCCUGCAUGACGUUUUGGUAUCAUAUGUACGGUGAUGAUAUUGGGAGCCUGGAGGUAUUUACCAUGGGGUCAGAUGGGGGACACCUAGGUCCUGCCUUCAGUAAGACCGGUGCACAGGGUGAUGUAUGGAUCCAGGGCAGUGCAGAUAUUGUCUACAUUGGCGAAUUUAAGAUUGUUUUUGAGGCUUCUGGGACCAAGAGUGGAACGGGUGAUAUCGCUAUCGAUGACAUUGAUGUCUUCACAAGAUCCUGCAGUGAUGGAGGCAAUCCUACAUCCUUGCCUGUCAUUCCAAUGGACUGUACAUUUGAAUCCAGCAUGUGUUCCUACACCCAACUGACCAGUGACCAGUUCGACUGGACAAGGACCUUCUGGUUCACCAACACCGAAACUACAGGCCCGAAAUUUGACCACACCCUGGGCACUAGCUACGGUUGGUACGUCUAUACUGAUGCAACUAGCCGUCAACCUGGAGACAAGGCCCAACUUGCCAGCCCCGCCCAGAAUCCUACUGGUACUGGAUCAAAGUGCCUGGUGUUUUGGUAUCACAUGUUUGGAGCUCAUGUUAACAGGUUGAAUGUGUACCUCAGGGUCUCCCAACCCCAGAUGACGCUGGACAACAUCAUCUUCACCAAGUAUGGCACCCAAGGAAACCAGUGGAUCAAAGCAGAGAAGGAGAUCACUUCAGAUGAUGUCUGGGAGAUUAUCUAUGAAGGUGUGGUAGGACAGAGUGAUUCUGGUGAUAUAGCCUUAGACGACCUAUCCCUCUAUGAUGGUGCCUGUCCGACAGAAGUUGAAUGUGACUUUGAGCUGGACUUCUGUUCUUGGACUCAGGACCAGACCAACUCCUGGCAAUGGUUGAGGAAUGCCGGUCCAACACCUACAUCUAGCACAGGACCAUCAUACGAUCACUCCACUGGUAGUGCUCUUGGUUACUACGCGUACGUCAAUGCAGCUGAUGCUUCAACUGGGUCCAAGGCACGACUCUUUAGUCCCAUCUAUUCAGAUACAGAUAUGGAAUGUCUAAGGUUCUGGUACCAUAUGUAUGGAAGUAACUUAGGCACGUUGACCAUUUACACAGAGGACCAAGUAACACAUAGUGAUAGUGGUGUUUUAUUCACAAGGAAUGGUCCAUCGGAUGAUGCUUGGAGGUUUGGUCAAGUCAGUAUCUCAUCUUCCCAUCGCUAUAAGGCCGUCAUCGAAGCUGAGAGAGGAUUCUAUAUCCUGGGAGACAUCGCCAUCGAUGAUGUCGAGGUCAUCAGGGGGUCAUGUCCACGUCAAGGAUUCUGUGAUUUCCAAAAUGAUCUCUGUGGCUGGUCCCAAGAAGUAGUCCAGGACCAAUGGGAUUGGUUGAGGUCAUCUGGAGCAACAGACAGUCCUAAUACUGGGCCACAAGUAGACCACACUUAUGGAACGCAAGAAGGCUAUUACAUCUUCUUUGAUAAUUCAUUCCCGACAAUGAAGGUUGGGGAAACAGCGGUACUUAACAGCGAGCAUUUCAGCCCAGUUUCGUCAGCUUGCCUAAGCUUCUGGUAUUAUAUGUAUGGAAAAGAUAUUGGUGAUCUGAAUGUUUGGAUGGCAUAUUCUAAUGGUCAGCCUAGAGAGUCCCAUUGGUCCUUGAGCGGGGACCAGGGUUUUUCAUGGUUCAAUGUUCAAAUCGAUCUUUCAAGUGACAUAGAAUUUAGGAUCCAACUGGAGGCGGUGUACCAGAUCGUAGGAGACCAAGGGGACAUAGCUGUGGAUGACUUGGACUUUGAGAUGAACGCAUGCUCAGAUAUUGGAACAGCUGCUCCUGUAACCCCUGCCAGACCAACAACAGCUCCUGUGCUCUCCAUCUGUACCUUUGAGGAUGAUUUCUGUGAUUUCACCCAAGCCACACCCAGUUCGCUGGUGUGGUAUCGAAACUCCGGAGACACGCCAAUUCCAAACACAGGACCUACUGUGGACCACACCCUUGGCAACACAUUCGGAUACUACGUUUACCUCAAGAGUGACGUGGGUAACAGUGGUGACGUUGGUCAGCUGAUCUCAAGCUCCAUGACCGCUGGCCCUCAGGGUAUCUGUGCCUCAUGGUGGUAUCAUAUGAAUGGUGCGGACAUCAACAAGCUAGAGGUCUGGAAGACGGAAGGGUCAACGCACGUCAUAGAAUGGUCCAGGCUCGGGCCUCAGGGACCGGACUGGAAACACGGCCAGGUCUCCCUCACCGGUAGCUUUAUGGUCAAAUUCCAAGGCUACAAGGGGAGUGGAUCAAGGGGAGCCAUAGCUCUUGAUGAUAUCUCCUUCAGCACUGGAGAGUGUCCUUCACAAAGAAUGUGUGAUUUUGAGCAUGGGGAUUGGUGUGGGUUUGAUCAAGAUUACACAGACCAAGGCGACUGGAAUGUGGAGCGUGAUGACUUCUCUCCAUUGGACUUAACAUACGGACCCAGCACCGAUCAUACCUAUGGAACCCAAAUAGGCAAGUGA